AACUAUUAAAUAUAAGUAUAGUAAAGAUAUUUGGAAAUUUGGUUAUGAUCAUGUACCACAUCGACGAUGGUUAUUUGAUAGAAAUAGAGAAAACAUUAAAGAAACAAUUAAUUAUUAUUCACCUGUUGAACUACUUAUUGAUCAUUCAAAUGAACAUAUUUAUUAUCCAAAUAGUCCAACAUUGGACUUAAAGAAAUGGGUUUCAAGAAACUCACCACAAGCAUUUCCAACAGAUGUUUUACAAGGAACAACAACAAACUUAACAAUAUCCGAUCACAUCUUUUCAUCAUUUCUUCGUUAUAUGUUUGUUUUAUUUUUUUCCCAAUUAGCACCACGUAUUCAAACAUCUGCUAAAUUAUUAGCUCAUCAUUGGUCAGAAUAUUUCUCAGAUAAAUAUCAUAAACCAUACAAUGAAGUUUUAUCAAACAUGGCAGCUUUAUAUAUUCGUCGUGGUGAUAAAUCAACUGAAGAUUCUUUUUGGCAUAAAAAUAAACGAUGGAGAAAUAUUUCAAUGUAUGUUAAAGGUAUUAUUGAUGAAGAAAAACGUCGUGAAAUAAAAUAUACAACAAUAUUUAUAAUGACAGAUGAUAAAAUAGUAAUGAAUUCUAUUCAAGAAUAUUCUAAAGUUGGUUUAACAACUUCAAAUACAGAUGAAUCAUAUGCACGUCAUCAUUUAUAUGGUCGAGAUAUUAUAUAUAAUGUUUUUGCUCCACAAUCUUGUUUAGAUCCAUUUAGUCGUAUUGAUUUUGAUCAGUUUCUAGUCAAUAUACAAUUUAUUAGAAGUCAUGCAUCAUUUGUUGUUGGUCACACGGAUUCGAAUGUUGCAAGAUAUUUAGAAGAAAUUAUUUAUGUUGAUCGACAACAUGAAAGAAAUGUACAAACACGUACAUAUGUUAUCAAUGCACCUGAUACACUUGAUUAG